UGAAUAUAUAUUUUUCCGCCAUGCUUACACGUUCUGUCAUUCAUGAUAAUGAGGACGCCGCUCCUCGUGUUUAUGGUAUCGAUGUCAGUGUGUAGCGCGGAGCAGCAGAUGCACUAAAACCUUUUUUUUAUGGUGCGUUCCUUUCCCACACUUUCAUGUCUGUCCACACAAUACCAGCUCCAGAUGCCAUCCUGCUCUAUCACAGUUUACUGUCACACACGUCCAUUGUCCGCGCUGCGCUGGGAUUGGCUGCUGAGUGUGGGAACCUCUUGUCAGGCCGCUCUCCACACAUUGUUCUGCAGGGAGAGGGGUAUAUAGAGGGGGCGGCUGUCACUAAUAGUCACACAGCUCCGGCCUCAGCCAAGUCUACAGACCCUGCACCAUGGCUCCAUGUAACAUGAAGACCCCUGAUCAUGAGGCUGCCGGGGGGGCUCAGAAAGCUGAGGAAACCGGUGAUAGAGAAGAUGAGGAGAGAUCGUAUCAACAGCAGCAUCGAGCAGCUGCGCCUCCUCCUGGAGAAGGAGAUCCAGAGACAUCAGCUCCCCUCCAAACCGGAGAAAGCCGAUAUCCUGGAGAUGACCGUCACCUGCCUGCAGAGACACAUGGCCCAGAGAGAUGUCCGGGCCCAGAGAGAAGGCUUCUCCACCUGCCUCCAGGACUCCAUCACCUUCCUACAGGUCCAGAACCAACAGGAGGACAAGUCUCUGAGAUCCGCCAGUGGUCCCGCUGUACCCUAUGGGCUGUCCGCCAUGAUGACCUCCAAUGAGAAUAAGAACAAGCCUGUUUGGAGACCCUGGUGAAAAGAACAAACAUGCCCGACCUCGCCUGCACCAGGGACUGGUCAUAGAUGGAGUCUUUAUGGUCUCAUGGACCCUGACAAUCCUUUCUGACUGACCCCAUAUGAGAUCUUCGCUCCAUCUAGUCAGGUGGUGACUGUAAGAAGCCGAGUCUUUCUCGUAGAAAGUUGUGUUUUUCCUCAGCUCGGAAAAAUUAUCUCGACGUUCCUACUCCAGGGAACGAAAUGUGAACCUAUUUUGGGUCGUGCAGUUUGUAUGUAUUUACACAUAUGCCUAUUUAUACGGAGCCACAAAGUGCGCCCCCCCCCAAAUUAUCCUAUCGAUGGCACAUCCUGUUGUAUUGUGUACUCAGGCCCCGCCGCGUCCAUGAUUGGUUGAUGGUUAAGUCUCCCGGUCCGUCCUGAUGGACUCUAAUACGUUCCUAAUACGUUCCUUUUCUUCUAUGAAGAUGCUGUUGUAGGAUAAAUCCAGUAUUUCCCAGCCAGUGUGCCUCCAGCUGUUGCAAAACUACAACUCCCAGCAUGCCCGGACAGCCGAAGGCUGUCCGGGCAUGCUGGGAGUUGUAGUUUUGCAACAGCUGGAGGCACUUUGCUCCUUAAGUUGACCUUGUCUUGGUCUUACUAUGUGUCAGUUUCUGUAAACUGGUAAUAAAUACUUUCGCUGUACGGGGGUAUUGUUGUAUUAAAAUAUUAUAUAUAUAUUUUUUUUAUAUUAUUUCCAUGAAAAUAAUUGUAAUUUCUGUGAAAUGUCUCCACGCGCUCCUUGUUAGAAUGUAAUUCGCAGGGCGUGUGUUGUGUUAUUGUCGUGAUAAUGGGAUAUAUAUAUAUUAUAUCCGGGGCUCAGUACAUGAUGGAA